AUCUCCCGGCGAAGAAAAUAACCGGCGAAUUUCACGGAGAAACCUCGCCGACGAAGCAAAGUUAUGGCAGGCAUGGGUGCGGUGGCAGGAUCACGACCGUGGAACGCUUUUAUUCAAGCUCUAGUUCUGAUAUCUCUAUCAUUUCCCGCUCUCUCCAGCGCUUACCGACCUGGAGAUAUCGUCCGGAUGAGCAAGAUGGGGCAAUAUCACUCAUCGAGAACCACUUGGCAUGAUGUGAUCGGAAAACAUUGCCCGAUCUUCGCCGUUAAUCGCGAGGUGUUGAUCCCCAUAGCGAAACCAAUUGGCUACACAGGAACUGAUCCAUAUAAAAUAAAAUUCCAAGUUGGAAGUGAGAAAUAUCUAAUUCACUGGCUUUUGGUAAUAAACCGUAAGAGCACAGAUGUUCCGAUGAUCGAUGUAAAUUUGAGAUAUUCUGGAGGAGAUCUGCUUGGAGUCACAGCUGAAGUUGUUGAUAUGCCUCAUAGCUAUCUAAAUACACACCCGGAGAUCCGUAAGCAGUUCUGGGAUCCUCAACACUGGCCAAAACAUGUUCUAGUUAGAUACACAUGGAAGGAGCAGUCAGAGAUUGAUGUAUCCUCGGGAUUUUAUGUCCUCUUUGGAUCAGCUCUCACAUUUUCUUUCGUACUCUCCAUUUACGUCUUACAAUCUUCACGAGAGAAGCUGGCGAGGUUUGUAAGAGAGACGGUGGUGGAGAGCAGCAGCACGAAUGUUGGAGAAUUCGGCAAGGCGGAUUGAGUCAAUAGUCAAGUACAUGUAUGUUUCUACAGUUUUAGAAGCUUGGAAUUCGUCGUUCAACUCUCUCUAUCCAGGAUUUUACUAAUUUGUUUUAAAAAGAGAUAAAGCAUGAAUAGUCGAGAGCAAAACUUUGUCCUUGUAACAUUUGGUUCAAUAGAUUUACCUUUCGUGG